CCGCCCAUGAGCAGAGUGAGGCGGAGGAGACAGAGCAGAGAGUUUCAGUGGAGGCGCAAAAUACUUUGAUUUUCGCCUUCGUUUUUUUUCUUACAAUGCGGCCGUCAUGAACACAUCAAAACUUCCUAUACGCCUGUGUCUAAAAUGGAAAUGUUUACAGUCGAGCCUGGCAGCCUCGUUUUAAUACUAUUAUGGAUACGUUACGGUGAAAGGAGAAGUUGAAAACUUUCCCCGAUCCUCGGAGCGCAGCACAAUGGACUCCAGACAGAGGAAGCGCUCCGGAGGAGGGAGCCUGUGGAGGAUUUACUUGUAUCUGGCCUGCUUCUCCUGUGCGUCCGCUCAGCUCAGCUAUUCCGUAUCGGAGGAACUAAGUCCGGGCUCUGUCGUUGGGAAUAUCGCUAAAGAUUUGAGUCUCACUGCUCAGCGGAUUGUCCAGAGGAGGUUGCGAGUGGUGUCUGAAUCUACAACGCAGUACUUCGAGGUGAAGCAGACGACUGGCGAUUUGGUAAUUAAACAAAAAAUUGACAGGGAACAAUUAUGUGAAUUGAGCUCAUCAUGUUCGCUACACCUUCAAAUACUUCUGGAGGACCCUUUGGAGAUUCAUCGCGUCGUCGUGGACGUUCUGGAUGUGAAUGACAACGCACCGCAGUUUUCAACCAGCAACAUUUCUUUGGAAAUAUCAGAGGCGGCCGCGCCGGGCACACGGUUCCGUUUGGAGAGCGCACAUGAUCCAGACGUGGGUACCAACUCUUUACGCACUUAUCAUCUGGCAGCAAAUGACUUCUUUAUUUUGAAUGUGGAAACUAAAAGCGACGGGAGCAAGUUUCCAGAGCUGGUGGUGGAUAAACACUUAGACAGGGAGACACAGGCCUCCUUUCGCCUGUUGCUCACUGCAGUGGAUGGGGGUCAGCCGGAGAAGUCUGGCUCAACACUUCUGCUCAUUAAAAUUCUGGAUGUGAAUGACAAUGCGCCUGUCUUUGACGAGCCGGUAAAGAAAGUGACACUAUUAGAAAACGUUGCACAGGGCACUUUAGUAACGAAAUUAAACGCGACAGACGCAGACUCAGGCAGCAACGGAGAAAUAUCAUUCCUGUUUAGUAAAUACACACCGGAACGCGUUCUCAAACUUUUCAGUGUGGAUUCUAAAAGCGGAGAGAUCCGCGUGAAGGGCGAUGUGGAUUACGAGAAGGCCACUGCGUACCACAUCACAGUGCAGGCCAGAGAUGGCGGCUCUCCCGCCAUGGAGGGCUCCUGUAACGUCAUUGUGGACAUCAUUGAUGUGAAUGACAACAAACCAGAGGUGACACUGACGUCACUGACCAGUCCUAUCAGAGAGGACUCCGCACCAGAGACCGUCAUAGCGCUCAUAAGUGCACGUGACCUGGACUCUGGUGUCAACGGGGAGGUUACAUUAACUGUCCCUCCAGGUCUGCCAUUCAAACUGAACUCAGCUUUUGGCAUGCACUACAGCCUCAUCACUGCUGGCAAACUGGACCGUGAGACUGUCCCAGAGUACACAGUGGUCAUCAAGGCCACUGAUGCUGGUUCCCCUCCCCUUUCAUCACAAACCACUUUUGUGGUGAAGCUCUCUGAUGUAAAUGACAAUGCCCCCACCUUCUCUCAGCCUUCAUACUCUGUGGACAUCCCAGAAAACAAUGCCCCCAGCGCCCCCAUUGCCUCUGUUUCUGCCACUGACCCAGACCUUGGUGACAAUGCUCGCAUCUCAUACUCCAUCCUUCCCAGUAUGGUCCAGGGCUCACCCAUCUCUUCUUAUGUCUACAUUAACCCAGAGAGCGGCCACAUCUAUAGCAUGCGCUCUCUGGAUCAUGAACAACUUAAUGCUUUCCGUAUUGAAGUGCAGGCCCGGGAUGCUGGAGUGCCCCCACGGACAACUAACGUCACUGUGCAUGUGUUUGUUGUCGAUGUCAAUGACAAUGCACCAGUGAUUGUGCACCCUUCAGUCCCAAAAGACAAAAGAUUACAGCUAACUGUGCCCCCAUCUGCUGGCCCAGGGCACCUCAUAAAUAAACUGGUGGGGGUGGAUGCAGACAGUGGGCACAAUGCAUGGUUGUUUUACUCCAUCGCCCCUGGGCCGAAUGCUGGCAUGUUCCGUAUUGGGGCACACAGUGGGGAGCUUCGCACGGCCCGCAAGUGGGCUGAGGAGGAAGGUGGCUCAGCUUACGACAUCAUGAUCAUCAUCCAGGAUAAUGGUGAACCACCAAAAUCCAGCUCUGUGAACAUUACCGUAACAGUGAAUGAGAAGGGCACAGACCACGAGCCUCCAGCAAACCCUCGCCACACAACUUUCUACCACCGCACUGGGAUGUCAGAUAUCACUUUGUACCUUAUCAUCUCUCUCGCCUGUGUAUCAGCUGUGUCCUUUAUCACCUUUGUUGUUCUCAUGGUGCGCUGCCUGAGACACCGUGGCCCUGGACUGGGGGACUCUGACUGCUGCUGCUAUGGUCGCCACAGGUCCAGCCGCUACCAUCAAAGGCCCAGCAAGGACCUGCACCUGCAGCUCAACACUGAUGGACCCAUUCGAUAUAUGGAGGUCGUGGGAGGUCCCCAGGAGCCGCACACACGAACCUACAGGCCUUGUUACUCCACCAUAUCUAGCCGCAGUGACUUUGUAUUUAUGAAGACACCCAUGCUGAGUCACAACAACACACUCAACAUGACUCUCAGCAGGAAGCACCUUAUGAACUCAGUCAGUGAGCAAAAGCCCCCCAACAAUGACUGGCGCUUUACACAGGGACAGAGACCUGGACCUAGCGGUCCCCACAUGCCAUACGGUACACACAUACGAUGGACGCCGAAGAGUGGGACAAGGGCAACUGGAGGACCUGAGGUUGCUAUGGGAACCGGCCCCUGGCCCCAGCCCCCUACCGAAGCUGAGCAGCUCCAGGCCCUCAUGGCUGCAGCUAACGAAGUGAGCGAGGCUACGGCCACCCUCGGGCCUGGCACCAUGGGCCUGAGCACCCGCUACAGCCCUCAGUUCACCCUGCAGCAUGUACCUGACUAUCGCCAGAACGUCUACAUCCCUGGCAGCACGGCCACCCUCACCUCCAACCCCCAGCAGCAGCAGGCCACGGCCCAGCAGGCCACCCAGCAGGCGCUGCCCCCACCUCAGGCCUCGGCCCAGCCCGAGCCCCCAAAGGCCGCCCAGACCCCUGCUUCCAAGAAGAAGUCCACCAAGAAGGAGAAAAAGUAGACCUGGAUGCAGUGAGGUGAAGGAAUGACAAACCCGGCCUGAUAUGAUGAGAUAUUCAACCCCCCGCACCCCCACCAUUCGGUAUCUUACUGCUCUGCUGUCACUUAGGGUAGCCACAGUCUAAUUAUUGGCAGCAGGUCACUUUUCACCACAUGAACACUGUUGAUGGUUCUUUGGAAGUGUCUUGAAGGCCUCAAAGAAUCUGAAUGUGCUGAAGGCUGUUAGUGUUUCUAACCUGUGCUGUGCUAAAGGUCUAGUAUUGUUCAUGUAAUAUUUGUCGGUAGAUAUUUUGGAAGGGUAUGGGGGGUUUCUGUCUUUCUUUCCCCCUCUUUUCUUUUUUGGCAAAAAAAUCUACUAAAAUUGGACAAAGAGAUUCAGUGUAAGGAACCUUGCUGGGCUGACAAGGCUAUACGCAGUGAUGUAGUCAGAGAUGAAAUGUUAAUGUCUUUCAUGUUGGAUUUAUUGUGUGCUUUCCCUGAGAAGGAAAGUCAGCUAUUGUAAAGUACGCUAGUUGCCAUCCAUUAGAUUCCUAUAUAGGGACAGCCUUGCGGGAUCUUGAAGCAUAAGUCCUGUGAGGGUAAGGCUGCUGUUUGACAGGUAUUACAAACUCUUCUGCAUGCUCAUUAAGGUUCAAACCACAUAUACUAGUUUAGAGUUGCAAACUAUGCAUUGCAAAAGCAAAGAGGAGGACAUCCUGAAUCUAUUAUCCUCCCUCCAAUCGCAGGUCAAUAUAAUGCACAUGUAGCAUUUACUUGACACAAAAUGAAAAAUUACUUUUGUAAUCAUAGUUAAAAAAAAAAAAAGAUUUUAAUCUUGUGAUAUUUUUAUGACCUGAGCAUGCACCCAGAGGACGGGCUGGCAGAGGGUGGGGUGGUGGUGGCGCUGUGUCGUGGAGUCACGAGCCAUGCUGUCAAUGCAGGUGGUAUAGCAGCAGGGAUGGGCUUCUUGUAAAACACCUCCAGAUGGGCACAAGCACGUCCUGCCGCCCUGCACCCCCUGCCCUCCCCUCCUCACACCCAGCUCGUGUCCUUCCCUCACUCACUACUCCACGUUGAGAGCCAAACAAAGAGAAAUGCACUGUUUGUAUUCUGAAGAUGAGAUGAUAUAGGGGUAGUAAUCACUUCAGUCUUUAGGGGAACAUGUAGACGUGGUAAACUUAAGUGCUUAGGAGUUUCUAGACACUUUGUAGGCCUCUAGGGCCUCGAUGGAGUAAUUCCCUUCACUAUCCUGAAGUGUUGAAGAAACUUCUUGAUGUGACACAGUAAUAUGUUGUUUUUUUUUCUUCUUUGGGAGAUAAUGAUUCGAUAGCAUAGAGGAACCGUUUGUAUCAGAUAUGAAGUCUUUACUUUGCCGUCCAUCUUUCUGUCAGGCCCCCUGGCCAGAUACAACUGCAUGAUAAAAAAGGCAGCUUGCAGGCUGGGUCAUAGGGAGUGGAAGGGGUGUGGUGAGAGGUGCACAGACUGAGGUGGCACCAUUGUAUCAACCAGGGGGUGGGAGACAACCUUGGCCCUACCCACUGAAUGUACAGAGGAACCACUGUUGACCCGCCCACCCCCUGAAUUUUCUCUAAAUGCACUGACCCAGGUAGAGGUCAACAGAGCCAAGCACGGUCAUCCCUGUAGGUGAGGAGAUGCCACUCAUUAGCCCUUCAAAAUCUCUCUCCUCCAUUGAAAUCAAUGGGAAACCUCAGCCUCUCCACCCCUCACCUCCCCUCUCCACUCCCUAGUCCUGUGAGGCUCUUCCCCACUGUAAAUAAACACCAGUCCUGUCGAUGGUAUGAGCCAGGUGUUUGUAUAGUAGGGACCACGUCCAACAUUUUCAAAACUUAAGUCCCUCUCCACAAGGCGUGGCUUACUACUGGAAUGUGUUGCAUUUUGUUUUUCAAGAAAAAUGAGAAAAAUCACAGUUUUAAAAAAAUAAACCAAUAAUGAAUUUAAAAAAAAUUGAGAUGUUCUUCAACAGUUUGUGUUGCAAUGUAGUAACUAAGCACCAUGGAAGCCAACUAACUCUUCAGUGUAAAUAAAUGAACUAAAAAUAACUUUAGAUAAGUAAACAAAGUGACACACGUAGACUAGUUAACUUGUGGUAUGUGUUGCGCAUAUUUUUGUGUUUAUUUUCUCUCUACUAUCUUUUAUCACCCUGUAAAGAAACAACAAAAAAAUAUGGAAAUGUUUCUAUCCUUCUGUAACCUCUUAAUGUUCUUUUGCGGUGAUUUUAUCUUGUGCAUUUGUGAAAGAAUGCCUCUCAUUCUCUUUCUGUCCAUAUGAACAAAUGAUUAUAAAUAUUAUAUAUGUGUAAGUCCGUCCGCUGCUGAAUUAAUACUACUCUAUCCUGCUGUAUUAUCUUUCUUAUCAAAUGCUUAGGCCCCCACGCUAUAUCCCCUGUGUUACUCUCUUAUUUUUAUGCUAAUAUUUAUAUUGCUGUUUUAUUUUCUCUUGAACACUGACAUUUCAAAUAAAAAGAUUCUGAAAUGAUUUAAAAAGUA